GGUUUUAUAUUUUCACAUUUCCGGUCGACAUAUUGCUUACUGGAGCAAUUUCUGGAAAGCUAGCAGCUGAAAAGGGAUUUGAAACUGACAAACAUCUUUACAAGUUGAUACGCUCAAAAACACCAGACAUAAUGGAGCCAUCAGCCAGUCCGGCCAAGGACAACUACAGGAUGAACCGUUACAAGAACAAAGCACUGAAUCCAGAGGAGAUGAGGCGCAGGAGAGAAGAGGAGGGCAUCCAGCUCAGGAAACAGAAGCGAGAACAGCAGCUCUUUAAAAGAAGAAAUGUAGAUGUUCUCAACGAAGAAGAAGUCAUGUUUGAAAGUCCGCUGGUGGACUCGUACCUAAGUUCUCCAGUAACGGAAGGAGUUAUUACCAGAGACAUGGUUGAGAUGCUUUUUUCAGAAGAUCCAGAGCUUCAGCUUGCAACAACACAAAAGUUCAGAAAACUACUUUCUAAAGAGCCCAACCCUCCAAUUGAUGAGGUUAUAAAUACUCCUGGAGUAGUGGAGAGAUUUGUUGAGUUUCUGAAGAAGAGCAUCAACUGCACACUACAGUUUGAAGCAGCUUGGGCUCUGACCAACAUAGCAUCAGGAACGUCCUUGCAGACAAAGACGGUUAUUGAGGCUGGAGCUGUGCCCAUCUUCAUAGAUCUACUGAACUCAGAAUUUGAGGAUGUUCAAGAACAAGCUGUGUGGGCACUGGGGAAUAUUGCAGGGGACAGUGCAGUAUGUCGGGAUUAUGUCCUGAACUGUAACAUCCUUCCACCACUAUUAAUGCUUCUGACAAAAUCCACUAGAUUGACCAUGACUAGAAAUGCAGUGUGGGCUCUGUCUAAUCUCUGUAGAGGCAAAAAUCCUCCACCAGCUUUUGAAAAGGUGUCACCUUGUCUGCCGGUGCUGUCCAGGCUCUUAUUUAGCAGUGACCCAGACUUGUUGGCAGAUGCCUGCUGGGCUCUCUCGUACCUUUCAGAUGGCCCCAAUGACAAGAUCCAGGCUGUGAUUGACUCGGGUGUCUGCAGGCGGCUCGUGGAGCUCCUCAUGCACUCUGACUAUAAGGUGGCCUCUCCUGCUUUGAGAGCUGUGGGGAACAUUGUCACUGGAGAUGACAUUCAAACACAGGUGGUAUUAAACUGCUCAGCUCUUCCCUGCCUGUUGCACCUUCUCAGCAGUGCUAAAGAGUCGAUUCGCAAAGAAGCCUGCUGGACCAUCUCAAACAUCACAGCAGGAAAUCGAGCACAAAUACAGACUGUGAUUGAUGCCAACAUCUUUCCGGUGCUGAUUGAAAUUCUGCAGAAAGCUGAGUUCAGAACUAGAAAAGAAGCAGCCUGGGCCAUAACCAAUGCCACAUCAGGAGGAACACCAGAGCAGAUCAGAUAUCUGGUUAUUCUGGGCUGUAUUAAACCCCUGUGUGACCUGCUGACAGUAAUGGACUCAAAGAUCGUUCAGGUUGCUCUGAACGGGUUAGAAAACAUCCUCCGGCUGGGUGAGCAGGAGGCCAAGCAGGAGAACAACGGCUCCGGCGUCAAUCCUUACUGUAGCCUCAUCGAAGAAGCUUACGGUCUAGACAAGAUUGAGUUCCUCCAGAGUCACGACAACCAAGAGAUCUACCAGAAGGCCUUUGACUUAAUUGAGCGUUACUUCGGGGUGGAGGAUGAAGACAGCAGUCUAGCCCCUCAGGUGGACCAGGCCAAUCAGCAGUUCCUCUUUCCUCAGCAGGAGGCUCCCAUGGAGGGCUUCCAGCUAUAAAUCCUCUAAAACCUACCAAACAGACCCUUUAUACUCCCCGCAUUCUGUGGAAGGUCCUUCAAUGCCCGAGUCAUGCCACUGUGUUGUCCUCCCUGAUCACCACAAGCACACAUGAACCUGCCCUUUGGAGGAAAUCUUUUGCCCUCUUAAACCUAAAAACUCUCUCUGGUCAUUCUUUCCCACCAGUGGACUGACCUCUCACCAACUCUUAACACACCUAGCAGAGGAAGGGAUCAUCCAACAACCUGUGUGAGUCGGCCCUACCUUACUUAGUUACACACUCACAAACGCACACAGACUUCUUCCUGCCAUCGGACAGCUCUUACAUCCUGUCACCGGCAGGAACUGGGAUUACUUGGUCAACAUUUGAAACUACACGUUGUUUUCCCACGAGUCGUUCCUGUUUCCUGGAUUCCCUUAGCAGAGUCCCCAGACGUGGUGAAAGACACCCUGUUCUUCACAACAGUCAGGUUUUGUGCAAUUCAACAUAAAUGUACUUUUUGAUUUAAUUAUUUGCUCCAUAAUCCUUAUUUAUCUUCUCCUGUUUCAGUGUUUCUUUCAGUUUUUAUUUCCCUGUGAGAAGUGUUUGCCCAUCGUCAGGUUUAGGGCUGCUCCCCUGAAAGAGGUGUCUUCUCAUUUGGGAAAAGCUUUUUGUUUGUGGGGUUGUGAAACUAAUCUGAAGGACUCUAAAUGGUAUCUUGGUAAUGUCUUUUUUUAAUUAAGACAUCUCUUUUUUUUCAUUAUUAUUAAAAAAUGUUGGAUUGUGGGCUAGUUUUAGAUAAUCAGCCUUCAUCGUUUGCUGUGGUUUAAACUAACAAAGCGUUUGAUUUAUGAAGUGAUAUCUGAAGCAAGGCGUUUUGGGGGAUUUAUGACUGGAGCAGAGCCAGCUGCAGUAGCAAACCAGACUUUUAUAUUUGCCUGCGUUUGUUGGAUUCACCCAUUUGACGUAAUGGAAAUUUCAAAAGAAGCAGCAUUUCUAGUGUUUGGAUUUCUCUGGUAAUGAUGAGGCUCUGCUGGGUAGCUGCACCCCAAUUGGAUCUGGGAGCUGUUUUUUGUGUUAUCCCCUCCAUGCAGUCACUGGGUAUUCCUGACCAAUCAAAAGCAGCUGGCAGAGAGACAAACAAAACACAAUCGUGUUUGGGGUUGAAAGCAGCCGGCCCAUAAAUGCAGUGACUUUUCGGUGAUGUGAGUAGUGAUAGUGUAGUGAACACGGUGGUGUUUUCUGUAGUGGUAGACUUGUUAAAUAGCCUACGGCGUUAAAUAUCACUAUGUCUUUGAAGAAUGGAAACAACAACCGCUAAUGAUUUUUGCAUGGGACAGCUGUGAGACGUUUGGUGGUUCUUUCUGUAAAUAGCCUUUUCUCAGCCCAUUUAAGGAAAACCCACUGCUUUAGUGUUUCCUCGUGGGUCUCAGAACAUCCGAGUUUAAAAGGAGGCUCCGAGAAGUGGCGACAAAAGAAUCAAAGCAUCAACAGAGUAUAUUUGAAUUAUGAUGUAUUUGCAUUAAUAUAUAAAUCUCUAUCUUUAUGCACACUUGCAUACAACACCAGCAGACACUGUGCACACACCUCCCACAGAUCAGUGGUUGGAAGCAAAUAUUAGUUUCCAUAAAAAAUAACAAAUGUUUGAUUUUUGUUUAUAUUAAGUAGAAUGUGAUAAAAAAAAUCUUUAAUUUUCAAGUAUUUUUUCUUAAAAUGGUCCUGGUUCUGUUGUAUUUUUAUUUAAUUCUUUUUAAUUGACAUAACGAGACGGGUUUUUUGAAGUCUAAAACAAGUUAUGGAAACUUUUCUUUGUUUCGAGCCGCAGGACUUAACAAUGGUCGAACCCUGACUGGGGAUCGGGCUUUGCCCCAGAACAAAGCCGAGUUUUGGGUCGGAGUCGAGGUUUUUAUGGUUGAAGUAGAACCUUGGUUGUGUGAUUGACUGACAGGCGCUAUGUGAGGAAGAGGUCGAUUGACUCUAACCAGACUACGUUCUAAUCAGAGUCCGGGAGACUGUUCUGUGGAUUACUGCCGCAAAUCCAAGAAAAUGUGAACAAACAUUCUUUGUUUUUAAAUCUUAGAAAAUUUAUUUCAUUAAGUGUUCUGUACUAGAUGUACGUUAUUUAUAAAGGACUUGAGCAUGUUAAAGGCAAUGUUCAGCCAUAUCUACGUGGGUUUCUGUGUGAAAGUUUAUCUUUUAGAUGGUUUCUCAGUUUGGAAAGUUUAUUGCUAACUAGCUAACACCUAGUCUCAUCGUCCAACACUGAUGAGAUGCUGCCGUCUUAAAACUUCAAUCUAAUUUCGCAUUAAAUUUACGUAAACUCAAUAAUUUAAACCCUUAUAGUUUCAGGUUCCUCAAACGGCACAAACAUUCGGAGAUUCCUACCAGACCUGACCCCACAAGUGUGCUACAACUAGCUGCUGCUUUUCUAUUUACUAUUUACGGAUGUAAUAAUUAUGUAUUGAGAAAUCGAUUGAAGCAUAAAGGUUUAUGUAAAAUGUCUGACAAUGGAUUGAUUUUAAGAGGCGAUCCACUUUGCCUACUUUUCGAUUAGCCGUUAGCUUAAAUUGAGUCUUUUCUAGAAGCUAUCUACAUAUUUUGGACACAGAAACCCAUUCAGUUAGGCCAAACUAUUCCUUAAAUUAAGUAGAAAUAAGGUGCUGCUACUUGUAUUUUAAGGCAUUAUCUGAUGAAAUCCGUGUUCUCGCUUUGUAUCCCAGGUUUGAUGGUAUCCACAGAACACGUGCUCCCAGCUGACACCACAUGUCGAAUCAUGAAUUAGCAAGAAUCAUAAAAAAAUAACAACAAUUUACCUCUACCUAACAGAGAGCAGCAUUUAGAACUGAAGUCUUUGAUUUAAUGACAAGUUCUUUGCUUGGCCUACAAACAAUGCCAGAAUAUAUAUAUAAUCUCACAUUUCAUCGACAAGGAAAACUAUUUAUAUUUCUUAAAAUAAAAAUGCACUCCUGCUCACUAAAGUGCCAAUCUGACCAACAAAGACUGGAAGAUCUUAUGCUUCUGUCUUUGACUUAUAGAAUAUCUCUUUAUAUCUUUAUUUACUUGAAUGUGCACAUGUUUUGUGCAAAACAUUGCUGCUCUAUUUUUCUUAUCUUUAAAGUUACAUUAUUUGCCAUGGUUUCUUAUGAAAGUGGCAUUCUUUUCAGGGGGUCACCUAAAUGACAGUCUAUCACGUUGGGGUUGGGGGAGGGGUGGUGAAUUUAUUGGGGGAAAUUUUAAAAAAACGGUCUUUUCAGCUACUUUUGUUUAUAAUAAUAUUACAAUCCCUGCGUUGACUCUUUUUAUGGUUUUCACUGUGCAUAGCGAAGCUGCAACUGGAAUCAGAACUGGUUUCGUGCUGUAAAUAAACUUAUUUCUAUUUCCUGUUCCUUUGUCGAGGUCUGCAGUCAAAAAAAAGGAAAAAAAGCCUGUGCUGACAAGAAGAGGCACAAAGAUAAUUUUUUGGGGGGUUAUAUUAAAGCGGGCUCCUGUGGAGACAUUACGAAGGGUCAGUAUCUUACCUGUUGUAUGUAGAUGUUUGAACAGACGGGACAAAUGAACUAACGGCUAGUCUCAACAGAGCCAAGAACAAAGUGGUUUGCUGUUGUCUUAAAACUGCUUUUGUCUUAAAUUUCAUAGUUUAUGUGAACAUAGUGUCAUAGACUUUUUAGUUAUUUACAUAGAAAUGUGGGGUUAUUACAGGAUAAACAUCGGCUGUAGCCUGAAGACAAAUCUAGCAGGAGGUUCAAAGUAUUUCUGCAGAAAUAACCACAAAAUAUAAAACUGACUGGUAUACAGUUUUAAAUAGUAGCAUUUGCUAAAUCACUUAAAAUUUUUGAGCAUCUGGAUUGAUUUUAAAUGGUAGCGACUUGCUUAAACCAAUCUAAAAGCUAAUGACCAACCGAUAUUUAAAAUGAUCCAUGCAAAUACUUCUAAAACCUUUUAUUAUACCAUCGAUUUGGCUUUGUCGUUAUUUCUACUGAAAAAUUCAAAAGUUUAUGAACUAACUCUUGAGAUGAAGUGCUAAGUUUCAUGGCAGCGCUCCACUUUGGUUAGCUUGUUAAAAAAGCUAUCUACAGCAGGUAAGAUACUAGUUCUAUAACCUCUCCACAGAGACUCACUUUAACAUGGCCUGAAUAUCCACUUAAUUGUGGCACAUAAUGUAAAUAUGAAAAUAUUAGCAACAAUCGUGAUACUAAUGCAGACACUUUUCAUCAAGUUUACCAAAGGCUGGUCGAGAUGAUCGACUUCACGCUAACUUUACAGCAGAUUGUGAAAUUGGUAUUUAUUGAUCAGGAAAUGACUUUGUGUAAUUUAAGCAAGAAGCCGCAUUUUUGUUCAGAGUUUUCGAAAGACUGCGAUUAAUUAUUAUUAUUAUUAUUGUUUUUAAAGCAGCCGCUCCGAUUAAAAGAUCCAACAACUGCUCUCAAACCAGCGGGCGGAGAGUCUGAGGCAUCCGCUUGACUUUUUGUUUGUUUUUGUUUUUCAAAGUUUAAAAUCUGGGAUUCAGAAGUAGUUCAGUGAUUUACAUUAAAAAGUAUUAGAAUUUAAAUAUGUAUGUUCUGAUAUUCUGAUUGACAGGGAUUCAGAUACAAAUCUAAUCACUUCUAAGAAGUGGAGAAAGCCUCAGUAGAAGUUGUCACAGGAUAAAUUGAUUUAACAGAAGAAGAAAUAAAACAGAGGUGGAGAAGCCUUUUCUGCUUUUCUUUUUCCUGAUCAGAAGAUCCUGGGCUUUUUUCUUUUUUUUUAACGGUGGAGUAUAAUCAUUAGAUUACAGGUUUGUCCCAAUCGGGCUGAAAGGUGGGGGGACCUGGUAAUCUAUGGGGGGAGUAAACAUCUAAAUGUCUCAAAUCGAACUUGUCUUCCGUCCUUGACGCUGUCGGUGUCUUCAUCGAAAUCUAAAGUCUGACUAAAUUUAUGUUACAAACAUUUUAAUCCCUUUUCCUGUCCUCAUUAACCAGUCCUGACGCGUUCUCCUGUCCGGUCUUCUCAUUUCUAUUUAUUUUUCCUUUUUUCCUAACGACGUCUCGUUCGCUUCAGUUUACCCACAUUUGAACUGUGACUUGACUUUACCGACGGUAUGAAUGAGUGACGAGAAACUAAAUACUCUUCAGCUGAACAUGACACACAAGCAUAAACAUGGAGAGAAAAAAAAAACAAAAUUCUUACAGGAAACUGCAACAUUAUUUAAAAAAAUGUAAAGACAUUGUACUGAAUUUAAAGUUGUUCAGAGGAAAUACUGUACAAAAUAAAGUUAUGUUCAAACCCUU